AUGGGCAAGCAGUCGACGCUCGGCAACUUUGUCGACUAUCCACCAGGCGCAGCCAAGCCUCCUCCUCAGCAAGGCGACCUUAAGACGAUGUUCAAGAAGAACAAGUCGACGGCCAGCACCAGCGCCUCUCCCGCAGACGAAUCCGCUGCAAGCUCGUCCAAGAGCGUCAAGGACGAGGCAGCACAGGUCGAUGACGACGUCGCUAUGAAAGACGCAAGCAGCAGCAGUCGCGCAGCCUCGUCUUCAUCGUCUGCACCUCGCAAGCGCAGCAGAAUACAGAUUUCGGACAGCGAGGAGGAGGAGGACGUCAAGCCUGUCGUCAAGAAGGAGCAAAAGAUCAAUGGCAGCGCAAAGGCGGCGGGGGCUUCCUCGUCCAAGUCGAGUGGCAAUGCAAAGGCCAGCAGUAGCAACAGCGCUGUCAAGAAAGAAAAGCAAGACGCACCGGCGCUUACCAGCGAGGCAUCUCCUGAAGCCGAGGAUGAGGGUAGCGACACAGCGUCAUCGGAAGGAGAGGAAGAGGAGGAGGACAAGGCUGAGGACCCCAAGGCGCACGUCAAGGUGGCCGCCAUGUUCAUGAAAGCGAGUGAGCGCAAAGCUGCAGCGGCGGGAGCUAGUUCCUCCAACAAGAGCGACGCAAAGUGGCAGAAAGGAAAACCGAUACCCUACGCAGCCUUGGCCGAUGUCUUCUCGCAAAUCGACAAGACCACAAAGCGACUGGAGAUCCAAGACAUCCUGAGCACCUUUCUCGUCACAGCCAUCGAGCACGCCUCCACGCCCGAAGAGGUGACACAAGCCAUCUACCUCUGCAUCAACCGCCUGUGCCCUGACUACCUGGGCCUUGAGCUCGGUCUCGGAGAGAGCCUCAUCAUCAAGGCCAUCGCGCAGAGCACGGGCCGUGGCGUAGACAAGAUUAAGAAGGACCUCGAGGAGCUUGGCGACCUGGGCAGAGUCGCUAUGGCCUCGCGGGCUAAGCAGCCUACCAUGUUCCAAUCCAGCGCCCUCACUGUCCCUGGCGUAUUCAAGACUCUCAAGGAGAUUGCGACGACGUCUGGCAACAAGUCUCAGGACAAGAAGAUUGGCCUCAUCAUGAAGCUCCUCUCAGCAUGCAAGGGCGAGGAGACCAAAUGGAUUAUCAGGAGCAUCGAGGGCAAAUUGCGCAUCGGUCUGGCCGAGAAGACGGUCAUGAUCGCCUUGGCGCGUAGUGCCGUCUUCACGCGCUUCAAGACGAAGAACAUCGACACGCUGAGCGAUGAACUCAAGAUGGCAGAGGAGCAGUGCAAGGCUGCCUUCAGUGAGAUGCCGAAUUACGACAUUCUUGUCCCUGCCUUGAUCAAGGACGGGCCUGAAGGCCUGCGCAAGACUUGCCACCUUACGCCCGGUAUCCCGCUCAAGCCUAUGCUGGCUCGGCCUACGAAGGCUAUCACGGAGGUGCUGGAUCGUUUCGAGGACAGGUCGUUCACCUGCGAAUACAAGUACGAUGGGGAGAGGGCGCAAAUUCACUUCUACGUGCCUGGCGAGGCGAAUGCGAUUGAAGGAGAGCAGGCAGCCCCGACAAAAGAGAUUGCAGGGAGCAGCAGCAGCAACGGCGCGUCGUCGUCGUCGUCACAGGGCAGGCUAGGAGUGUUCUCACGCAAUUCGGAAGACAUGUCAGUCAAGUACCCUGACCUCCUUGAGAGCAUCGCCCGAUGCCGCAAGCCGGAGACGAAGAGCUUCGUCAUUGACGCCGAGGUGACGGCGUGGAAGGCUGCCGUAAAGAACGAGGCCGGCGAAGUCAUCGAUGCUGGAGGGCUUCAACCCUUCCAGCAGCUCAGCACCCGCAAGCGCAAGGACGUGCAAGCGGACAAAGUGACGGUCAAAGUCAAGCUCUUCGCCUUUGACAUCCUCUACCUCAAUGGCGAGCCCCUCCUCCAGUACGACCUCGCUACUCGUCGCGAGAAGUUGCGCUCCGCCUUCAACCCGAACGCGGACGAGUUCGACUAUGCUACGUCGCAGGAUUGUAACACCGUAGAGGAGAUUGCUGCCUUCCUCGAGGCGUCGGUGCAGGACCGCUGCGAGGGCUUGAUGGUCAAGAUGCUCCAAGGCAAGGAAUCCACCUACGAGCCGUCUCGUCGGUCCCAGAACUGGCUCAAGCUCAAGAAGGACUAUCUCAGCGGGGCGGGCGAUUCGCUCGAUCUCGUUGUGCUGGGCGGGUACUAUGGGAAGGGGAAGCGCACAAAGGUGUACGGAGCCUUCCUCCUCGGAUGCUGGGACGUCGACUCGGAGUCUUACCAGACGGUCUGCAAGAUCGGAACGGGCUUCACAGAGGCGAACCUGGAGGACUUUACGGCGCAGCUCAAGCCACUUGAGCUCACAGUGAAGAAGGGCUACUACGACGUCGGCGGAGCAACGCCGGAUGUCUACUUUGAGCCCAAGGUCGUGUGGGAGGUCAGGGUGGCAGACUUGUCGCUCAGCCCGAUCUACACGGCGGCCAAGGGAGCCAUUGAGGCCAGAGGGAUCUCAUUGAGGUUUCCGCGCUUUAUUAGGAUUAGAGAUGAUAAGGAUCCAGAGGACUCGACGGGGCCGGAACAGAUUGCUGAGAUGUAUCGCAAGCAGGCUUCGGCGCAGCAGGGCAAGAAGGGGGGAGGAGGUGAUGAUGAUUAUUGGUAG